AUGCGUGCCAUUUCUUUAGUGAAUAGACUAGAGUUUGAGUUUACGGGGAAUGUAGUUAGGAAUGCUUUGUGUCUGGGAGAUGUUGACAAUGAUGGAUGUAAUGAACUUGUUGUCGGCAGUGAAAGUGGGGAAGUCUGCAUUUUUAAGGGCAAGAAUAAAAUACAGGUCAUAUCCAAAUUGGGCUUUGUAAGUUGCCUUGCAGUCGCGGACAUCCUCAACCAAAAUAAAAACAGUUUAGUAGUAAUAACAGCAGAUGGUUGGUGUUACAUCUAUGAAGUCCCUUCUGAGGACGAUGAAUCAGCUGCUGAAGAAGUUGAUGGCCAAAUUCAGUCCACUUCAAGCACCGGAAGUGAAUCCAAGCCCAAAAAGAAGUCGGAAAUUAUAAAUAAAUCGGAGCUGGUUCGCAUUCAUGUGCAGAGAUUACCAGCAAAUGCUAAGAACAUCGUCGUGGGUGACGUGGACGGUGAUGGAUAUAACGAGAUGGUCCUGGGUCUCACCGACCGUGUGGUGCGGUCUUACAAGUGGAUACCCAACACCAAGCUGGCCAACCUCAACGACUCAACCUUCCCCUCGGAACUAAUAGAUAAACUGCUGGGCAAAUUCGUCGCCAUAAACAAGUGGGAAUGUGCCAACCAAAUCGGCUCCAUAACGCUGCACCAUUCGUGGGACGGACGUCCGUCGUUGUUGAUAGCCCAACCAGGUGGUACUUUUAUGCGUAUCAGGUGCUAUGCCGAAGAGACGACGGAAACGGUGAACACCGCUGACUUGAGCAACUCCAACGGGUCGCAGGGGGAGACUAGUAUACCAGACUCGGUGGAUUAUCAAUUUUUGGGGCUGUCGCGAAUGAGGAACCAAAAUAUAUCCACUGAGAUCCUCGGGGACUUCAAGAACAUGCAACUCGACUUAGAAAACAGUACCAGGGAAGGUAUUGGGAAGGGCAGACCCUAUGCUGUUGCCACGUUGGACGGUACUAUAAUGCUAGUCCAAGAUGAAGUCAUAUUAUGGGCUAUAGCGGUGGAUCAUCAAAUUUUUGCGUUAACAAAGCUAGACAUCACAGGCAAUGGUUCUGAUGAUAUAGUGGCAUGCUCCUGGGAUGGACAAACUUACAUCUUGGAUCAGGACAAGAAUUCCAUUAGAUUUCCUUUGGAUGAGCCAGUGCAAGCUUUUGAAAGUGGCUAUUACAACUUAGACGUCAACUCAAAGCCAGUAACUUGCUUUGUAUACGUCACAUUUAAGAAUACUAUAAUCUUAUAUUACGACAUACCCAUUAAAGAAUUAACUAUAAGAAAGUUUGAGCCGGAUAUUGAGCUACUUAGUCAACUGUUCAUUAAAGAAAAAGGGUCUAAAGAUGCAGCUGUAGACUAUGUCAAGAAUAUGGAUAAGAAAAAAAAACGAGAACUUGUGGAAUCUUUGUUAUAUAAUGUCAAGUCUUAAAAGAAAUUUUAAUGUGUACACUAAAUUUAUAUUUAUACUUGAAUAUGUAUACAAAAGUAAAUAAAUUGUUUUACAUUAAA